AUGUUGUUUCGGGAGCUCAAGAGACGGGUGAAUAUGAUGACCAUGAGAAUUGAGUACGAUCAAUGGUCUAAGUAUCUACGGCAGUACUCUUUGCACUAUUUGAUCAUAAUCUUGAGUGGAUUGUUAGGUGCGUAUGCAGAGUUAGUACUGGUACCAAGAACGGGUUCACUAAGAUUUCAAAAGGAAGAUUCCUCUAUCGAUAAAAGUUACGUGGAGGAUGAGCUGGUAUCAACAUCAGAAUGUGUUGCCAUGAGCGCCGUCUUAGCAUCACUAGUUAUAACAGGAUACUGCGUAGCAGGUAGAAGAUAUUUGAAUAAAAUUGGCGCGGCUCCGUGGACAACCGGUAGACCUGAGGGGAUUUCUAAGGAAUGGCAUCUUCUGCAUCUCAGUAUCGUUUGCCAAAUGUUGGCGUUGAGUGUUACGGUCGCAUUUACCUGUGCAUUAAAACUAAUCAUCGGCAAUACAAGACCUGAUUUUCUUGCAAGAUGUCAAUUGAAAAAUAGCGUUGCUGAUUCACAAGGCUUUCUGCCAUUUUACACAAUUGAAAAUUGUCAGCAGAAAGAUUUAUCGAUUCUCUACGAAGGUUUGAAAUCCACACCAAGUGGUCAUUCAUCGGUAGUUUCCUGUGGCCUUGGAUUUCUAUACUUGUGGCAAUGUCACUUUGUCAAGGGUUCAAACAAAAAGCAUGCAUGGUGUCCAAUUUUAGCUCUACUUGUAAUGGUAUCAAGAAUAGUGGAUCACAAACAUCAUUGGUAUGACUUGAUAUUUGGCGGUGCCUUAGGAUAUACCGUUGUAUUAUUUGCAUGGAGAAGUGUCUUUGAUAACGGUGCACCAGCGAUGCUAUUACCCGCACCGGUAACAUGCCCAUAA